UCCUGGAAUUUGCUGAUGUCACAGGAUCCCAGUGAGAUUUUUGUAGGAGCCGACUUCUCCUUGAAAGCGUCCCCAUUUCCUAUUUCUCCGGAGUUGCGCAGCGGCUGCUCCCGGCCCGAAGCCCCGCUGGGCACCGAGCCCGCGCUCCGUGGCCAUGCCCCUGGGGGCCGGCGCGUCCCGGGCGGGCAGCGAGGGGAGCGGCCGGGCGGCUCCGGCGCCGCCAGCCCCGCGCCCAUGGCCGGCGGCACCGAGCGCGGCGGCCCCAGAGGUCUGUUCUCAAACAUCUGGCUGUGGCGAGCUGUCGCUGGAGUCCUUACUGCUGCUGUCAUUUUGAUUUCAUGUAUUCAGUUUGUAAAGCCUUCUCUGGCCAAAGAGUUUCCCGUGUGUCCUCCCCUGGACCUGUGUCCAUCAGGCUGGCUGUACUUCCAGAGAAAGUGUUACUUCCUCUCAGAGAGUGAAGCUGCCUGGAACUCCAGCCAGAGCCAGUGCUCUUCCCACAACGCGUCCCUGCUGGUCAUCGAGAAUCAUCAGGAGCUGAGGUUUAUGAUGAAGAUAACAAAGCAAGAUCCAUGGAUUGGACUCUAUAAAAGAAAUGAAGAGUUCUUUUGGGUAAAUGGAAAAGCCUUAGACAAUGAACUGUUUGAAGUAAAAGGCUCUGGCAGCUGUGCCUAUCUGGAGUCCAAAGGAGUCUCAGCCUCAGGAUGUUAUUUAACCAGGAAAUGGGUCUGCAGCUUGAAUAUCAAGUCAGCACAAUAAAGGUGGACAAAGCCCCCACCCCUGACACUUAGAGCUCUGAUAUGAUGAUGCCUACUACACAGGCUGUGUCUACACUUUGGGACCUGGGAAUGUGUCCCAGCUCUUACCCCGAGGUGAAUGACUUUUCUGGUAGCCAGAAUUCUCCACCCAUGGAGGAAGGCUUUAAAGAUACCAUAUUAAAGGCUUUCUUCAGCAUCUUCAUAAGUAAUUUCCUUGCCCCAUUUUUCCAGCUACUGCUCAGCUGUAGUUUCUUUUUGCUGUGCCAUCAGUAUUUCCUCCAUUUACUCUUCUCUUGUAGGAGCAGCUGCUCUUUCUUUUCCUUUUGGGUGUGCAGUUGGAGGUUUUUGUUCUGCUUUUCCUUUUGCCAGAGUCUGUGUGCAUGGGUGGUGAAGUGGGUCUGUCUGGAGGGCUGCGAGUGCCUCGUGGAUACAGAGCAAUGCAGAAGUGAACACUGCUGUUUUGGACAUGAUCACAGCAAAUUCCUCUCUUUCCAUUUGAUGGGAUGUACCUUGAAUUGUAUUCCACGUUUUGUUAAUGUUAUAUUACAUUAAUUUUGUUAAAUCCUGGUGAUGACGUUAUCAAGCUGAUUUAUGUAGCUGCACUGCACCUGAAGUUAUCCUCACAACACUCUGUAGCCAAAAAAGGUCACAAUAGAAAAGAAUAUUUAUUUACCUGAGCAUCUGCACUGGUGGAAGGGAGAAGAGUUGGAACUGGAACAGUGAUAGCAAAGCUGCAGUCAUUAAUGUGUAAAUGUAGAAAUAAUCCUCAGUGCAAGGAGAUAAAAUCAGGAGAAGGGAAAGAGAGAAUUAACAGGGAUAUUUCUCUGUGUUUCCCUUAUGCCCUGUGCCUGUCAUGGUGUGAGCCUUCCGAGCAAGGGGACAUUUCCAGAUGGAGAGUGUUUCCUUGUGUAAGUGACAUUUUCAGCAGCGGCCUCCAGUGCUCUUGGAUUGCUGGGAGCCUGAACAGACUUAGGGCACAAUCCCUUUGAUUGACUGAGUCCCAUACAUGUCUAGCAGGUUGUCCAAAAAUUAAAAGUGUCAUUUGACCCAGAGGAAGCAAAUUUGCAUGUAAGGAAUGUAACUAUGAAGUUUCUAGAGAAUGAAGAAUGGGAAGUUCACCUUCAUUAUUUUCUGUGACAGAAGGAUUUGACUGUAGCAGGACCAUACACAUGGAUAGUGUCAGUGACUUGUGCCUUUCAGAUGUUUAUUUAAAGAUAAUCACUCAUUUUGCUGGAUUACACUUUUCUUAAUUGCUUGUAUUCUUUAUACAUACAGUAACAGGACUCUACAGUAUAAAAAGCUUAAUUAUCUAUUUAUUUAUGUUGGGGGGAAGGUGUUAUUCUGCAAUGUUUUUACAUUAACCUGAUUCUGAAGGAUAUGGUAUGUGCAAUAGUCCUGAAAAGAUACUAAAUAAAUAUCUUUACAGAGCCCCUGAA